UCUGAUGAGAUGAACUUCAUUAACUCAAUGGUCAAUUGUAGCCAACUAGAACUGUUAUCUCUUGGUGGGAACCACUUGACUGGAGUUCUUCCUAGUUCUAUAAGAAAUCUCUCAUCUCAACUAACAAUUCUAUCAUUUGAAUAUAAUUUAAUUUAUGGGACCCUGCCUUCGGGGAUUGGGAAUCUUGUGAUGUUAGACCGAUUAUAUUUAGGCACUAAUCAAUUAACAGGGAUUUUUCCAAGUGAACUUGGUAAUCUACGAAACCUUAAAUCUUUUUUCAUGGAUGACAACUUCUUCACCGGGAACUUACCAAAAUCUAUAGGGAACCUGUCAUUAUUGCUAGAGUUGAGUUUGGCAAAAAACAGAUUAGAAUGACAUAUACCUCCCAAUCUUGGCAACUGCACCGGUUUGUUGUUGUUGGACCUUUCCAUAAACAAUCUUAAUGGCCCAAUACCCAUUGAAAAUUUUAAGCUAUCAUCCCUGUCGAGGUAUCUAGAUCUUUCUCACAACUAUUUAGUGGAACCCCUUCCCCAAGAGAUAGAAAAAUUUAAAAGUUUGACGCAACUUGAGUUGUCAUACAAUGAUCUAGUUGGAACAAUACCAAAUGCAAUCGAAAGUUGCACAAGUCUUGUGUACCUAAAUCUAGGUGCCAAUUCCUUUGAAGGUCCGAUACCUUCCUCAAUGAGUGUUCUAAGAGGUAUCAUCUAUCUUAAUCUUUCUAGCAACAAUUUCUCUGGAAAAAUUCCAAAAUUCUUAGAGCAACUAAACUUGUCUUCAUUGGAUUUGUCUUUCAACAAUCUUGUUGGUGAGGUACCGUUGGAAGGUAUUUUCAAAAAUGCUUCUAUCUCAAUUCAGGGCAAUAAUAGGCUAUGUGGAGGCCUUCCUCAACUUCGCCUUCCCAAAUGUGCCACAGUAUCAAGGUCAAAGACAGGUUUUAGAACAUCACGCGUUAUUCUAAUUGUCAUUCCAAUUUGCUCGCUUUUAGUUCUAGGAAUGGUUUUGUUCUAUUUAAUUUGUUGGAAAAGAAGGAAGGGACAAGCACAACCAGCAGAAGACGCAUCAUGCGUGCAACCGUUUUCAAGAGUUUCUUAUGGAAGCAUAGUUAGAGCUACCAAUGGGUUCUGUGAACAAAACUUGAUUGGGACAGGGGCUUUUAGUGCUGUUUAUAAGGGUAUUCUUGAACCGGCUGAUGGAAUGGUUGCCGUCAAGGUUCUAAAGCUUGAAAAUCAGGGAGCGUUGAAGAGUUUUGUGAUGGAGUGUGAAGCUUUAAAAAAUAUAAGGCAUCGUAAUCUUGUGAAAGUCAUUACUUCCUGUUCAUCCGUUGAUUUUCCGGGUAACGAUUUCAAAGCUAUUAUCUACGAGUUAAUGCCAAAUGGGAAUCUUGAAUGGUGGCUACAUCCAAGUUCACAACAACACGUUGAUAUCCAAGAAGCUCCUCCACAUAGAUUGACCCUUCGCCAAAAAGUAACGAUUGCAUCAGAUGUAGCUCAUGCCAUGCACUACCUCCACCAAGGGUCUGAGGUGCCCAUUAUUCACUGUGAUCUAAAGCCAAGCAAUAUCUUACUUGACAGUGACAUGGUUGCUCACAUUGGUGAUUUCGGGCUGGCAAAGUUUCUGCCAUUAAAACCACAGGAAAGUAGUUCAGUUGGAUUACGAGGGACUAUCGGGUAUGCACCUCCAGAAUAUGGUCUUGGAGGUGAGAUGACAAAAGAAGGGGAUAUUUACAGCUUUGGGAUAUUGUUAUUAGAGAUGAUAACAGAAAAGAGACCAACAGACCGCAUUUUUCAAAAUGGAUUGAACCUCCAUGGCUAUGUGACAAUGGCUUUGCCUGACCGUCUAAUAGAGAUAAUUGAACCGGCACUAUUGUCUGUCAUUGAGGGUGCAAAUGUUAGCCAUGAGGAUGAAGCUAGAAAGCGAGAGAGGUUGGAAGAAAGCUUGAGUUUAUUAGCAAAAAUUGGGUUGAAAUGCUCCAUGGAAUCUACCAAAGAGAGGAUGAACUUGAGCAAAAUCAUCCAGGAGUUGCAUCAUAUCAAUGGUCUCUUCUGAAGUUGUCUAAAAUGUGAUAGUGAGAUUAAACACAAAGGGAUGCUGGUGCAGUUGGGUAGCGCGUAUAUCUCAUCCUGAGGUCAAGAAUUCGAGUCUCUCCGUACAUCUUAAUAUGUUUCUUGAUGUUUUUAAAGUGUCUUUCAUUUAAUACUACUGUAAUUAUACAACCAAUAUUGGCGCUUUCUUUCAUUUUAAAUGCUCAAAUCCAUAUGAAUAAACUUUUCCAAUCA